CCGACCCAGUGAUCGAGGGCCGUGGGCCCUCCCAGGUGGGGAGGAAGGGGGCGACUCGGCCCGCGCGGCGGGGAGGCAGAGGGAGGAACUUCGGUCUCUGAGCCCCGGCCCCGGCCCCCGGCGGCCCGGGCUGCAGCCCAAUCGGCGGGCCUGGGCCGUCCCCCGGGGUGCUCUAACCCAUUUUACAGACGUGGCUGCCUGCGCCCCGGAGGAGGCGUGGCGGCGCUCGGUGGCCCAGCGGGAUUCCGGGGACGGCGGGCCAGGCCCGGGAGGACACCCGAGCCCAGGAGGCCGAGGCGCCCGCCCUCCCCGCCGGGGAUCACCUGGGCCGGCCCCGGGGCCCGCGGGCCGGGCGGAGAGGGCCGCCGCCUCCUCGAAGCCCGGCAGCCCGCGAGCGCCCCGCACUCCAGCCGUCCGGGCCCCGCGACGCCGCCUGCCCCGCUGCCGGCAGGGAAUAAAGGCUCAGUGACCGCCAGUUCUGCCCAGGAGCUCACCUGCCUCUCUGAGCCCCCGGCUGACUGGCUUGUGCCUCCCCCAGGAUGGACACACAGACUAUACUGCUCAUCUUGCAAGCCUCCCUGGUGCUCCCCCUGGCUGACGGGGCCAACCCAGUCCUGCGCUUUGUGGCUGUGGGUGACUGGGGAGGAGUCCCCAAUGCCCCGUUCUACACAGCCCGGGAAAUGGCCAAUGCCAAGGAGAUUGCCAGGACCGUGCAGAUCCUAGGCACAGACUUCAUCCUGUCCCUGGGGGACAAUUUCUACUUCACUGGCGUGCAGGACGCCAACGACAAGAGGUUUCGGGAGACCUUCGAGGAUGUGUUCUCUGCCUCCUCCCUCCGCAACGUGCCCUGGUACGUGCUGGCUGGCAACCACGACCACCUGGGGAACGUCUCCGCGCAGAUCGCCUACUCCAGGAUCUCUCAGCGCUGGAACUUCCCCAGCCCUUACUACCGUCUACGCUUCAAAGUCCCCCGGUCCAAUGUGUCUGUGGCCAUCUUCAUGCUGGACACAGUGACGCUGUGCGGCAACUCGGACGACUUCCUCAGCCAGCAGCCCGAGAGGCCCCGUGACGUGGCGCUGGCCCGCACGCAGCUGUCCUGGCUCAAGAAGCAGCUGGCGGCGGCCAAGGAGGACUAUGUGCUGGUGGCCGGCCACUACCCCGUGUGGUCCAUCGCCGAGCAUGGGCCCACCCGCUGCCUGGUCAAGCAGCUGAUGCCGCUGCUGGCCACAUACAAGGUCACCGCCUACCUGUGCGGCCAUGACCACAACCUCCAGUACCUCCAGGACGAGAACGGCGUGGGCUACGUGCUGAGCGGGGCCGGAAACUUCAUGGACCCCUCGAGGAAGCAUAUGCGCAAGGUCCCCAACGGCUACCUGCGCUUCCACUAUGGGGCCGAGGACUCGCUGGGGGGCUUUGCCUACGUGGAGAUCAGCCCCAAAGAGAUGAGCGUCACUUACAUCGAAGCCUCGGGCAAGUCCCUCUUCAAGACCAGACUGCCGAGGCGAGCCAGGCCCGAGCACCCACGCGUGCGCCACUCUAGGGCCUGAGGCAGGGGGGCCUCCCUGCCGGCGGGUGGCUGGGCCCCGCUGGGACGCGUGCCUGUGGGCAGGCUUCCUCACGGGCCCGUGGAGCUGCGGCGGAGCAGAGGGAGAACCACAGAUGAGGAGCGGUGGCGCCAGGUGGCCCUUGUGGCAAGGAUGCCCACGUCUGUGAAAGCAACGUGCGCACGUGGACCAGCCGGCGUGCCGUGCCCCGUGGCCGAGCUUGUCCAACCUGAGCUCCAGGCAGUGGGGGGGGGGGGGGGGGCAGGGA